UGAUUCCCACUCCGAACACGGUCGCUGUUCUCCGAUGCUGUCUUUUUCCUCCCUCACGCUUUCCCAAUACACACAUUUUCCUUCACCCACCAAACCAAACACAUUUUACAAACAGAACUCUCUGGCUUUGGAUUUCCCCAAUAUUUUCCUCCGCCUCCUCCUCAUUCUUCUCCCGAUUCCUUUUCUCUUCUUCCACUCCUCCAACCAGGUAUGCAAAAUCAUAUUCCAACCCUUUCCUUUACUAUUUCCAUUUCUCUUUGCUUCCAAGCAAAGUUCAAUUCCACACACUUUUUCAGUUCUUACAGUUAACGUUCUUUCUCCUUUUUUCUAUUAUCUACACGAUUAACCCGAAAAUUAGGGCUACUUUCCAAGUAACAAGGGGUUUGAGGAACUCUUUCUUUGCUUUUCAAUUUGGAGCUCAAGAAAGAUAGGCUUAGAGCUCCGUGUUUUAAUCGGUGAGGAUUGGAAUUCGGGUUUGUGUUGAAAUUCGGAUUAAGUUUGUUUAGACUAUGUUAGCGGCGGUGCCUCCGGUUGAAACUUCGGACGCCGUGAAUGGUGCCGAGUACUCGUUUGCGGUGGAAUACAGUGGCCCGCCCGUAACGUACGAUCUCCCCCGGGCCGUUCCAAUCAACGUUGAGCGAAUUCCCGUGGCGGCCGUGGUCGCCCAGGUCUCCUUGUCGGAUAAACUGUCCCUGCCCGUUGUACAGCCACUCUUAGCUCCCGAUCCUCGGAGCAAAAAGUUCUCCAAAGAGCUAAUAACGUUAGGUUCUGAUUCUGCUACUGUGGUUUCCCCGACUUCCGUGAUUGCGUUCGACCGAGAUAAUGAAAGUGUUCGUCAGUGCAAAGAUCUAGAGUUAGUUUCUGAAGCAACUGUGUCUCCUACUUCUGUGAUUGCCUUUGAGGAGAGAGAUACGGGAAAUGAAGGUUGUGUUGUGUCGGGUGAGUUUACUAGCUCAGGCGUGUUAGAAUAUUCGAAUGGGCAUUAUGGGUCCGGUGAUUUGUCUGAUGUAGCUAACAGCUCGAGGGCAUUGGGGUUUUCGUCCAUCAGCCAUGAGCUUUCCCACGAGUUAUUAGGUGGAGCUGGGAGCUCAAGCACGAUAGAGUUUUCUGAUAUUUUGGAUAAGUCACAAGGAAGCUCAUUGAGGGUUUCUAAUGGUCGGAAGGAGAGUUUAGACAUAAAUAAUGAUUUGAAUCAAGCAGAUUGGGUGUCAAAUGAAUCAGUUUUGAGUUUUGAUUACCCAUCAUCUCGAAUUUCUUCUAUUAAGGCUGUGGACUGCAAUAAUGAAUCGAAUUAUGAUGUUAAGCGAACCCCAGUUGUAACUUUCCGUGAUGUUGAGUCCGAUGGUGCUUUUGAUGAGGAAUGUACUCAGGAUGAGCCUGAGAAUAUGCCUGCGAAGAGAGUGCCACGAACGAAAGGGAAGAAAGGAUCAUGCUAUCGGUGCUUUAAGGGAAACAGGUUCACCGAAAAGGAGGUUUGCAUUGUUUGUGAUGCAAAAUAUUGUAGUAAUUGUGUGCUUCGAGCUAUGGGAUCAAUGCCGGAAGGUAGGAAAUGCGUUACCUGCAUUGGAUUCCCGAUUGACGAGUCAAAACGAGAAAAUUUGGGGAAGUGCUCUCGGAUGCUUAAGCGGCUGCUUAAUGACUUGGAGGUUCGACAGAUCAUGAGGAGUGAGAAGAAGUGUGAAGCAAAUCAACUACCACCGCAGCAUGUUUGUGUGAACGGACAACCUCUUUCACAUGAGGAGCUGGUAUUAUUGCAGACCUGCGCAAACCCACCAAAGAAGCUCAAACCAGGGAACUAUUGGUAUGAUAAAGUAUCUGGUCUAUGGGGAAAGGAAGGACAGAAGCCUUCAAAGAUUAUUAGUCCCCACUUGAAUGUUGGAGGUUCCAUCAGGCAAGAUGCUAGCAACGGAAACACGCAAGUUUUUAUAAAUGGUCGGGAGAUUACUAAAGUAGAGCUUCGCAUGUUACAGUUGGCAGGAGUUCAGUGUGCUGGGAACCCGCACUUUUGGUUGAAUGAUGAUGGGUCAUACCAAGAAGAGGGACAGAAGAAUACAAGAGGGUAUAUUUGGGGCAAGCCUGGAACAAAGCUUGUUUGUACUCUCUUGUCCCUGCCCGUUCCUUCUAAAUUCUCGAAUUCUUGUGGAGAACAAGUAAGCAGUCUGGUUAAUAAAACUGUCCCUGACUACUUUGAGCAGAGAAUACUUCAGAAGCUUCUCUUAGUUGGAUAUAAUGGAUCUGGUGCAAGUACUAUAUUUAAGCAGACCAAGAUUCUUUAUAAAGAUGUUCCUUUUUCUGAGGAAGAGCGGGAAAGUAUGAAGUUGAAGAUUCAGAGCAAUGUAUAUAGAUAUCUUGGUAUACUCCUUGAGGGGCGUGAGCGUUUUGAAGAAGAAGGGCUCAUUGAGUUGAAAAAAAAGCCUUCCUCUAGUAAAAUUGGCUCCUCAGGGAACGGGGUUAACAAUGAUGACAAAACUAUUUAUUCUGUUGGCCCAAGGCUGAAAAAUUUCUCUGAUUGGCUUCUCAAAACUAUGGUGUCGGGAAAUUUGGAAGCUAUCUUUCCAGCUGCUACUCGGGAAUAUGCACCAUUGGUGGAGGAGUUAUGGAAUGAUUCAGCCAUUCGGGCCACAUACACUCGGAGAACUGAAUUGGAAAUGCUACCAACUGUUGCUAGUUAUUUCUUAGAGCGGGCCACUGCCAUAUUGAGAACAGACUAUGAACCGUCAAAUUUGGAUAUCCUGUCUGCUGAGGGUGUUACUUCAUCAAAUGGGCUUGCUUGCGUUGACUUCUCAUUUUCCCCAUCAGCAGCUGAUGAUAACAUUGAUGCUGUCGAUCAGCAUGAUUCUUUACUCAGGUACCAGCUUAUUAGAGUACCAGCCAGAGGCUUGGGAGAAAACUGCAAGUGGCUAGAGAUGUUUGAAGAUGUUGGCAUGGCCAUUUUCUGUGUUGCCCUUAGUGACUAUGACCAGUUUUCUUUUGAUGGGAGUGGUUCUAUCACUAACAAUAUGAUGCAGAGCAGAAAAUUAUUUGAAAGUAUUGUGAAUCAUCCAACCUUUGGUCAGAUGGACUUCCUUUUGAUACUAAAUAAAUUUGACCUAUUUGAGGAAAAGAUAGAACGGGUACCAUUGACCGAGUGUGAAUGGUUUGAUGAUUUUCACCCGCUGAUAAGUCGUCAUCACUCCAACAGCAACAGCAACAGCAUCAAUAAUAGCCCUUCGCUGGGUCUGCUGGCAUUCCACUAUAUUGCAGUGAAGUUCAAGAGACUUUAUUCUUCCCUCACCGGACGGAAGUUGUAUGUUUCUCUGGUGAAGGGAUUGGAGCGUGAUAGUGUUGAUGCAGCUCUUAAAUAUGCAAGGGAGAUUCUGAAAUGGGACGAAGAGAGAGCCAACUUCAGCUUGAGUGAGCAUUCAAUUUAUAGCACAGAGGCGAGCUCCUUCUCUCCUUGAUGCCUAGAACAGAAAAGGCUUGUAAAUGGGUCAUCUUUCAUCAGAGAAUUUUACUUUUUCGCCUGUGCACGCAUAGCUGUGAGUAAAACUGGACAAGAGAAGAUUGUUUCCUUGCAGGGGCUAUUGCUGCUGCCUGCUUGAGAUUGACAUGAACAUAUCAGUAACGUGAGUUUGAUUUUCUUGCGGCAAUAAUGCAUACUUUAGACGUGCUGGCUCAUUGCUACACAAGUUUGCAUGAUUGAAUGUUGGAAUAUUUCCCCGUCAUUAUAUUGUAAAGCGAUCCUUUGAUGAUAUGUUGUAUUUUUGUACCAUGCUGCUUAUGCAGUUGUCCCAUCCUUGAACAUGGUUCGAAAAUAUUCAUUUUGUAAUAGAGUAGAUGAAAUGUAUUAGAUGUAUGUAUCAUUGUAGCCAAA